GGGGGGGGAGAUUUCUUCCGAAUCCGCCGCCAUGAACACCGAAUCAGUUGUGGAGUUCCUUGGGAACGUCCCUUUACUUCAGAAAUUGCCGAGUUCUUCUCUCAGGAAAAUCGCUAAAGUUGUUUUGUUGAAACGUUACGGAAAAGGGGAUUAUGUGGUUCGUGAAGAUCAAACUUGGGAUGGAUGUUACUUUAUCUUUGAAGGAGAGGCUCAGGUUUCCGGACCAGCCGAGGAAGAUAACCGUUCCGAAUUUCUCUUGAAACAAUAUGAUUACUUUGGCCUUGGUAUUUCUGGGAACGUUCAUUCAGCAGACAUUGUUGCUAUGUCCCAGCUUACUUGCUUGGUGUUGCCGCGUGAUCAUUGUCCUUUGCUUGAGACUAACUCAAUCUGGCAAUCCGAUACCACUGUUGACAAAUGCUCUUUAGUCGAACGCAUUUUGCAUCUCGACCCUUUAGAAUUGAAUAUCUUCAGGGGGAUCACACUACCUGAUGCUCCCAAAUUUGGAAAGGUUUUCGGAGGACAAUUUGUCGGACAGGCACUUGCUGCGGCAUCAAAAACUGUUGAUUUCCUGAAGAUAGUCCACAGUUUACACUCCUAUUUUCUUCUCGUUGGAGAUAUUGAUAUCCCCAUUAUUUAUCAAGUGCACCGCAUACGUGAUGGGAACAACUUUGCCACCCGAAGAGUAGAUGCAGUACAGAAAGGAAAUAUCAUAUUCAUCUUGGUUGCAUCAUUUCAGAAAGAGCAACAAGGAUUUGAUCAUCAGGAGUCAACCAUACCCUCCGUGCCGGAUCCUGAUACGCUUCUAUCUCUGGAGGAGUUGCGUGAACGUCGUAUAACUGAUCCUCAUUUACCUAGGAGUUACCGGAAUAAAGUUGCCACUGCAAACUUUGUUCCAUGGCCUAUAGAGAUUCGAUUUUGUGAGCCCAGCAAUUCAACAAAUCAGACGAAGUCUCCUCCGAGAUUGAACUAUUGGUUUAGAGCAAAGGGAAAGCUUUCUGAUGACCAGGCUUUGCACCGAUGUGUCGUUGCAUUUGCCUCGGAUUUAAUAUUUUCUGGUGUCGGUUUGAACCCUCACCGCAGAAAGGGCCUGAGAUCUGCUGCACUUAGCCUGGACCAUGCGAUGUGGUUUCACCGACCUCUAAGAGCUGAUGACUGGUUGCUAUUUGUGAUUGUCAGUCCUACCGCUCAUGA